ACAGGGCCCAGACGACGGGGCCCUUGCAGAAAAAUUUCGACGCAGCCAAUCUUUGACCUCGCGGAGCCUGGCGCUCUCGCGCUGCAGACGUAUGACCGAGUGUUGAGCGCGGGGUCUUGCCGAAGGCGUGUACGAGCAAGCGAGCCGCGGUAACAUGUGACGGGGCGCUGAGACGAAUGAUGCUGCGCUGAACAAGGCGCGACGCCAUGAAGAGACAAAUGGAGAUGCUGUUGAGCGUCAAGCUCGUUUUCUUGGUGCUUUGCCUGGCGGGCAGCGCUUUGGGCGCUGUUAGCUACAGCAACGACCAGCAGACGCCAGAAGAUGCGGAUGUCAGGAGAGGGUCCCCAAUGUUGGGCUGCAAGGAGCUGCGCUCCAAGCGCUACAUCUCAGACGGUCACUGCACCUCGGCGCGCCCUCUGUUGGAGGUAGUGUGCGCGGGUGCCUGCUUGCCGCUCGACCAGCUGCCCUGGUAUUCGGACGGAUCGCCCGCAGCGGCCGCCGCCAGCUGGAGCUGCGAACCGGGAGCCGUGCGCCUCAGACGCGUCCACCUGCUCUGUCCCGAUGGAGAGCGAAAGAGUUACAGGGUGCCCGUGGUGCGAGCCUGCAAGUGCGUGCGCAACCUGGAGCAUGCAACACACGGGUCCUGAGACUUCAGGGACGAUGGCCGACCGGCUGCGGUGCGACGAGCUUGGCUUAAAUACAAAACCGAAUUUUUU